CUCGCCGUUCAGUCGCUUCUCGUCUACGGUUGUCUACGGUUCUGUACGGUCCUUUGUGAUCCCUGCAUCAUCCUCCAAGUUCUCAUUCAACCUCUUUCAUUUCUUCUACACUUUUUCAUCGGGUUUUUUAUGUUAUACAAUUGUAAUACUGGUAUUCAUAUUCAAAAUUGUGUAAUCGGAGCCAUCUUCGGUUGAUAAGGGUCGCUAUCCCAAGUCUCUUGUUGCCAUUUGAAGUCACUGCUGGACCAAAUAUCGCCAGUUUUACGCUACAUUGCUAAUGAAUCUCGCGUACGAAGAAAAAAGAUAUAAAUAGAGUUAAUCCUAUCGAUAGUACAUGAAAAAUCAGAGGCAGAUAAUAUAAGUUGAGUGGCAAGAAAGGAGCAGAUGCAAGAGCUAUGACAGUUUAGUGGAAAAUAUGCAAUGACAUGUUUAUUGCCAUCAAGACUCAUACAAUUAUAAGCCGUUAUAAGACGAAAACUGUUAAGGAUUACUGAAAAUUCUUAAGGAUAAGCUGCCUGCGAUGCGUUGAAGUUUUAAUUUUCUUCAUUUCGGUCAGCAGGCAGACAGCCAGGAAAGUUCGCAGGCAUGUGUCAUGCUGACAGUGUGGUGGCAUCGCCGAUAUCAAGCGUGGUAGUACUCCUGGAAGUGGCUAUUGGGCCAAGAAGAACUAAGAGGCACAACCAGGAGAAGAGGAGGAAGAAUAACCUAACUCAUGUGGACCUAUAUGAUGGCUGCAGCAACUGCUGACCCGCUAGCGGCACAUGCACGCCGACUUGCUUCCUCUCACCGGCCUCAAAGGACAGUACCCCCCGAACCUCCAGAGCCACCCGAACCCUUGCAAAACAUUCGUCCCAGCUCGACGGAAUCCCGUCCGGUCCUUAUUUCUGCUUCCUCUCCAGCUUCGUCGCAACCUUCUCCCUCUAAUUCACAUAUAAUUUCUCAUUCUCAUUCACUGUCUCCUUCGAACCGAUCCCCUCUCGGUAAUCAUGUGUUACGUCGAAACUCUCAAUCGUCUCAGAUUUUCUCUGGCCAGGAUACGAGUCUUUCAAGCCACGUGGCAAGAAUUUCGGGCACAUCGAAUUGUCCCGAUACGGAACUUUCGGAGGUUAUACGGGUUCUGGAAGUUCACCAUCCCAAUCAAGAGAGUGGCGGGAUGGAGAGUUCCCGCGGGAACUUCCACAAAUCUGACAAAUUUCAUCGUCGUUUCCGUCGCCUUACCCACCGUCUUCAGUGCAUGUGGAAGUGUAGACCCAGGAGAAGGAAAAAAGAACAAGAACCGGACGGAUUCCUAGCAAAAUUCCAGGGCAGCAGUACGUCGACAUCACCAGAGCACAGCGCCACUUGCUGCUGGGGCCACCGCCUUGCCAUCGACCCUACACUUCCUUUUCACUAUAGAUGGCUUCUUGUCGUCUCACUAGCUGUUCUCUAUAAUCUCAUCUUCGUCGUUGGUCGCGCCGUUUUCUGGGAGUUGAACAAUGCCGUGCCUGGUGUAUGGUUCUUCCUUGAUUACACCUGCGACACGAUCUACCUCCUUGACAUUAUCGUUCAUGCUCACGAAGGAUAUCUCGAUCAAGGACUUAUGGUGAAGGAUGCUAAGCGACUUCGAGAGAAUUACUUGAGGACUGCAAGAUGGAGGUUUGACUUUCUCUCGAUAUUUCCGACUGAUCUUGCCUAUAUCUGGUGGAAUCCGAGUUCUUGUCAAAUUAAGGUACCGUGUCCGGUGAUUGUACGAACGAACCGAUUACUUAAGCUAUCACGAAUGUGGCAAUACUUUGAAAAGACUGAAACCCGAACAGGCUAUCCGAAUGCUUUUCGGAUAUGCAAGGUUGUCCUGGCUAUUCUCGUUCUCAUCCACUGGAACGCAUGUCUUUACUUCGCUAUAAGUUACGUUGUGGGCUUUGGUUCAGACAAUUGGGUUUACAAUCUCAACGGGACUAGAAACGCCUCUCUCACGCGACAAUACAUCUAUAGCUUCUACUGGAGUACUCUUACCCUUACAACCAUCGGUGAAACUCCUCAACCUGAAAACGAUGCGGAGUAUCUUUUUGUGGUGGCCGACUUUCUGGCGGGUGUGUUGAUUUUUGCGACAAUCGUAGGCAACAUUGGUAGUAUGAUUAGUAACAUGAACGUUGCACGAGUCGAGUUCCAAAAUCGCAUGGACGGUGUUAAACAAUAUAUGCAAUUCCGCAAAGUUUCGACGGAACUGGAAGCGAGGGUGAUCAGAUGGUUCGCUUACACCUGGGCAAAUAAGCAGGCAUUGGAUGAAGAACGAGUGCUCGGCGCUUUACCAGACAAGCUCAAGGCGGAAAUCGCAAUUCACGUUCAUCUCGAUACGCUUAAGCAAGUGCGCAUCUUUCAGGAUUGCGAACCAGGCCUUCUCGAAGAGCUCGUCCUUAAAUUACGUCUUCAGGUCUUUAGUCCUGGUGACUACAUAUGCAGAAAAGGCGACGUAGGUAAGGAAAUGUAUAUAGUUAAACGUGGGAGAUUGACCGUGGUGGCCGAUGACGGAAGGACGAUCCUUGCGACUCUCGGCGCUGGCAGUGUCUUCGGUGAAGUGAGUGUUUUGGAGAUUGCAGGCAAUCGAACCGGAAAUAGAAGAACUGCUAAUGUGAGAUCCCUCGGUUACUCGGAUCUAUUUUGUUUGGCUAAGAGGGACCUUUGGGAGGCAUUGGCAGACUACCCGGAGGCGAGACACUCUCUGACAGAGCGUGGAUGUCAGCUUCUGCGAAAAGACGGUCUGUUAGACGAAGAGGUUUUUCAGGGAGCUAAAGAAGCAAAAGAUUCGCUUGUCGAUAAGAUGGAACAUCUCGAAAACACCGUAUACAAUCUGCAGACCAGACUCGCCAGGUUGCUUGCCGAGUACUCUAGCAGUUAUGCCAAGAUGAAGCGGAGACUUUCGCGAAUAGAGCAGCGGGAAUCUGCAUGUGCCAGCGAUAGUUGCAGCGAACUCGAACUUGAUGAAGAGGAAGAGGAGAGAAAAGUGUUGGUCAAAAGUGGAAAAUCUGAAAUUUAUGAAAAUAUGAGAGGUGUAGAUUGUUCUGGAGAUGCUGUAGUGGGCUUGGAUCAAGUUGAUAUCGAGCGUGAGAUGAAGAGAAAUCAACUGCGAAGAAGUUUUCAGCGGUCAAGGAGAAGCGGUGCAAGAAAAUGUAAACAAAAUACAGUGUAAGAGAUCUGAAAAGCUAUAGUGAUCAUAAGAACAAGGAUUCUGAAAAAAAAGUUGAAAAGUGUAGCUUCUUUGUGUGAUAUGGAAAACGAUGGGACGUACAAAUGUUAGUGCCUUCUCCGUUGGUCGUCAGAGGAUCUCACUUUAUGGACCUCACCAGUUUUGUUUUUCCAGUCUUUAUAACUAUAACUACGAAUUUUAAUGCAAUUUAUUACACCUGGGGUAUUAACUUCGAAGUAUUAUCUUUUGAUUUUCGUUAAAGCCUUCCAUUUUUUAUAUUUUAUCUUUCGACCUUUUCUCUAGAGCGGUUACACUUGUCACUUUUUCGGAGCGCAAAUGCAGCACAUCCAGUCCCUGGCUUUUACAGGUUUUUCACUGCCGUGAAAAAAUCCUAUAUAACUAGUUCUCUAAUGGUAGCUACAUAACAUAGGUAUUGGGUAAUCAACUUAAGAUAUUCCGAAGUAAGAUGAAAGGUUCAUUAGGAACAGCCGUCUUCAAUAUUAUCAUUGUUACGACUAUAAUGAUUAUUCUGAUAAACGAGUAAACUAUCCCAUGGACUAUAAUUAUAAUAUUAUAGUAUUGUAGAAAACGAUAAAGAGUCGACGAAUCUGCUGGCAGAUUAAAGAGAUGAUCUUUGAAUCGAGAGUAAAAUGAAUUCAAAGAAAUUUAAGUAAUCGAAUUGAAUCAAGUAACUAUGGAGACUGUACGGCGAAUAGAGGUGGAGGAAGAGGGAGAGAAUGAACAUUCGAUUUAUACAUUGCGUCGAGUACACAUAUCUAUUUUCGUAUGUUGCGCCGCGUAGAAUCCGGCAGUGUAAAUGAACGUCGGCGUAUAAAACUACAAAAUUUUUGUAUCAGGCACUAUCGAAUAUUAAUAAUAAAUAAAUCAUUAUUGAAAGCA